AUGGAAGAUUCAAAACUUGCUCCUCUAUUUACUGGGUUUUUAUUACAUGUGUUAGUGGCUUCGGUAGGGAUAAACUAUGGACAGAUCGCCAACAAUAUUCCUUCACCAGAGCAUGUGGUUCUGUUGCUAAAAGCCAUUGGUGCCACCAGAGUGAAGCUCUAUGAUGUCGAUCCUAAGGUGCUUAAAGCUUUUGUAAACACUGGGGUUGAGUUUAUUGUGGGGUUAGGUAAUGAGUACCUUUCAAAGAUGACAGAUCCAACUAAUGCUCAAGCUUAG